AUGGUUUCAUUGAACAGAACCCUCAAACUUACAGCGCAGGUGAACGUGCAACAGCUCAGAAUCGAAUUCCCGAACACACAAGGUGAACAACUCAGCGCCGCGCUGACCCUACCAGCACAGCCAGAGCCACGCGGCUAUGUGCUGUUUGCCCACUGCUUUACCUGUGGCAAAAACAUCAUCGCGGCAUCGCGCAUCAGCAAAGCACUUACCGCCCACGGCUUUGCUGUACUGCGCUUUGAUUUUACCGGCCUGGGUAACUCUGAAGGUGAUUUUGCCAACACCAACUUCUCUUCAAACGUUGAGGAUCUGCUUGCGGCGGCAGAUUACUUACGCACUUCAUACAGCGCACCCGUCAUGAUGAUCGGCCAUAGCCUCGGCGGCGCAGCGGUGCUGGCGGCGGCAGAGUUCAUACCCGAAUGCCGGGCGGUGUGCACGAUCGGGGCACCGUCAACGCCUGCACAUCUGUUACAGACCCUUGAAAAAGACACCUCAGCAACAACCCCGAGCUACAGCCUUACGGUGGGUCAGCGAUCUUUCCCGAUCCAGCAGCAGUUUGUUACUGACCUGACCGACGCAAAGGUGACUGAAAAGCUGUCGCGAUUAAAACGUGCACUGCUGGUUCUGCAUGCCCCACUGGAUGAGGUUGUAUCCAUCGACGAAGCCAGCAAGAUUUUCCAGCAUGCUAAACACCCCAAGAGUUUUGUUUCGUUAGACGGUGCAGACCACCUCGUGUCACGCGCCGAAGAUGCAGAAUACGUCGCAGACGUGAUUGCCGCCUGGGCAAAACGCUAUAUUCCCCUGGCGAGUGACAAGCGAAGACAAACCGUUGAAACUGGCCAUGUUCUGGUUGGCGAAGCCAACAGAAAAUUUCUCCGUCAGAUUUCUACUGACGAUCACGCGUGGGUGGCAGAUGAACCAAAAAAGGUGGGUGGUGAAAAUUUAGGACCCGAUCCUUACGAGCAUCUGCUGGCGGCACUGGGCGCCUGCACAUCCAUGACCAUACGUAUGUACGCCAACCACAAAAAGAUACCGUUAGAUGAUAUAGAUAUUACGCUCAGCCAUAGCCGUGAGCACAGCAAGGAUUGUGAUGAAUGCGACGAGCCGAGCGCACGUUUAGACGUGCUGAGCCGCUCGAUCACACUGCGGGGCAACCUAAGUGACGCGCAGCGCACCAGACUGUUGGAAAUUGCCGACCGCUGCCCCGUGCACAAAACCCUGGAAGGCGAACUGCGGAUACGAACACAGUUAUCAGAGUCGAGUUGA